CUGAUCAACUUACUGAAACACUUUUCGACGAUCACACAAAUAUUCUGUGUUCAUGAGUUGAUCCGCAAAUGGUUAGGCGGUUCUUAGUUGUGAUUCCCAUCGUACCCUUUCAUUUCUGUUUUGACUAUGAAAGCAUAGCCUUACUUAUAUAGGAAAACGUUUCAAUUUCCGGUAGUUUUGUUACCAUAUUUUAACCAUUUGGUCGUGUGGCAUACAUAGUUUUCCGUUUGAUCAGCUCCAUCCUUCUGAUUUUUUUAGUAACCUGUCGUUUUUGUGCAACAUGAUUCAUACGAAAACCGAAUAGAAAUUAAUACCUUGGUUUUCAUGUGAAGCUUACAUUUCAUACUUGCUCAAAAUGAAUCCUAUAGAAGAAACAUCUUACAUUCGAACAAUUGAGUGGGAAAUGUUAGACAAAAAGAAAUUUAUCCCCUUGAGUAUUACUAGUUCAUGUAUGGUUAGAACCAGCCUUUAUCCUUUUACCUUAGUCAAAACUAGGUUACAAAUUCAGAAAGGGAAUGAAGUUUAUAAGGGUACCUUUGAUGCUUUUCGAAAAAUUGUCAAGUAUGAAGGUUUCAAAGGACUGUACAAAGGGUUCUGGGUCAAUUUGUUUUCAAUUGUUUCGGGUACUUUCUAUGUUUUAACUUAUGAAAAUGUCAGGCAUUUGCUUCAAGCAAAUAAUGUAACUGACUCUAGAGUAAGGGCACUUGUAGCUGGGGGCUGUGCUUCCCUUAUUGGGCAGACAAUAAUUGUACCAAUUGAUGUCAUCAGUCAGCAUUUGAUGAUGGUGGGUCAAAAAGUGGAUGGUGUAGCGCAAAAUAUCAAGCCAAGUCUUCAAAAUGGAGCAGGGAAAAGUAAAACACAACUGGCACUUGCAAUAACCAAAGAUAUUUAUCAUAUCGAUGGUUUGCGUGGUUUCUACCGUGGGUAUAUAGCAUCGUUGUUCACCUACGUUCCCAGUUCGGCACUUUGGUGGACCUUCUAUCACCUAUACCAAGAUCAUCUCAACAACCUAUUCCCUUCGUGGUUUCCUCACCUCGGAAUUCAGUGCACAUCCGCAAUCCUUGGAGGUUUAACUACAACGACGUUGAUAAAUCCUUUGGAUAUUGUGCGAGCCAGGUUACAGGUGCAACGGUUGGAUUCGAUUGGACAAACCUUCCGUAUCUUGUGGCGAGAGGAGCGUUUUUAUACGUUCACCAAGGGAUUAACUGCCCGGCUCAUCAUGUCUACAUUUUAUAGCUUUUCGAUCAUUCUGGGUUACGAAUCGGUCAAACGGUGGAGUGUAAAAGAGCAGUACAGGGAACAAAUCAGGUGACAUGUUGAGACAGUAUCCAAACUGGAACUUCGUGACAUUCUUCUUUCAACUCUUAAAGCUAUUCGAGAUUCCUUGCGUCCUCGUUGUGAGUUAAUAUCUUGCGGACUUUCACCUGGUGAACACAAAAAAAUGAGUCGGUUCUUCGGUACAGCCUCUGAUUCGGAUACAGAGAGUGAUGUUAGUGAGGAAGAGGUACAGCAGCGUCCCACAGCUGUCCCCACUUAUACAUUCAGUGAUGAUGAAGAAGAACAAAAAAGAAUUGUUCGUUCAGCCAAAGAAAAACGAUUUGAAGAGCUGAAGGAUAUCAUCAAGCUGAUAAAAAACUACAAAAAGAACAAAGAUUUGAGCAAGAUGCUGUCAUCAUUUGAAGAAUUGACUAAGGCAUACCAAAAAGCAUUGCCUGUGAUUGCCAAGGAAGAAAAAGGAGUAACUCCCAGAUUCUACAUACAAUGCUUGGUGGAAGUUGAAACUUUCUUAAAUGAGUUGUGGGAAGAUAGGGAUGGAAGAAAGAAUCUGUCAAAAAAUAACUCAAAGUCACUGAGUACAUUGCGUCAAAAAAUGCGAAAGUAUGUAAAAGACUUUGAAGCAGAUGUAGCAAAGUUUAAGGAAAAUCCAGAUGAAGAGGAAGAAGAUGAAGAGGCUGAAGAAAAGUCUGAGGCAGAAUCAGAUGAAGAAAGUGAAGCUGAAGGACCUGCUGCUUUCCGUAAAUCUGAGUCAGAAACGCGUACCAAACCGUUACCUAAGGUGAAACCCAUUGCCCCCGAAGGUGACGAGAGUGAUGACUCGUAUUGGGACUCGGACGGUGAAGACGAGACAUCUUCAUCGGAUGAUGACUCUAAAUAUGCCAACUUGAAGGAUAAGUUCUUAAAAGUGGCUGGUGGCGAAGAUGAUAAGAAAAAGGAAAAGAAAGAUCGCAAGGACAAGGAGAAGGCCCAAAGACGCAAAGAUCGUGAAGAAGAAGAAGAAUUGGAGAUGGAGGGCGGAGAUGGCUGGCAAGUACAGGGUAAGGCUACGCAAGCUAAGCCAAAAAUGUUUGCAAAGGAUGCCGACAUCAACACUGGGGUUGUUCUGAAGAAGUUGUUCGAAAUUCUGGCUGCUAGAGGGAAAAAGGGCACUGAUCGUCGUGAGCAAGUAGAGAUGUUGCAUGAGCUUUACACAGUAUCAGAGGCCAACAAUCUUGGAAUCGGCAUUGCGGUGAAAGUAAAGUUCACAAUCAUUUCUGCCAUUUUUGACUAUAACCCAAAGAUCUGCGACGCUAUGAAACCGGAGCAUUGGGAGAAGCUGUUGCAAUGUAUCGCUGAGCUUCUGGAUCUUCUAAAUUCGCGUACCGACAUAAUCAUGGGAGAACACGUUUCGGAGGAUCAUGAGAAGCUGGAUCAGGCAGAAUACGACGCUGAGCAAGAUCCAUCGCGGCGCUUUUUUAGUGUCCGUGGAUGCAUGCUGACUACUGUAGAGCGAAUGGACGAGGAAUUUGUAAAAAUUCUCAAGGAAUGCGACGCCCACAGUAACGAGUAUGUUGAGAGACUUAAGGACGAGACCCGAGUUUCGGCAAUCAUUGACAGUCUCCAGACGUAUAUUGAACGACAGAGCUUGCCCGCGGAGCUGUGCCGACUUUACAUGCGGAAAAUCGAGCAUAUGUAUUACAAAUUUGACCCAAAUACUAUCAAGCAAAGCAACGGUGAGUCAAAUGUAGAGAAAGAUACCACUCUGGCAGUUAUGGACCGCCUAUGUCGCUAUAUCUAUGUUAACGAUAAAGAAGAACGAAUCCGACCUAGAGCUAUGUUAUGUCAUAUUUACCACUAUGCUCUUCAUGAUGAAUGGUAUAAGGCGCGUGACUUAAUGCUUAUGUCACAUCUUCAGGAAACGGUUCAUUUACUCGAUCCUUCGACCCAAAUUCUUUAUAAUCGAACAAUGGUCCAAUUGGGUUUGUGUGCUUUCCGCCAUGGUCAUAUCAAGGAGGCCCACCACGCGUUGUUGGACAUCCAGUCUAGCGGCCGUGCCAAAGAGCUACUAGCUCAAGGCCUUCUCCUCCAACGUCAGCAUGAACGAACGUCUGAACAGGAGAAAAUUGAAAAGCAACGUCAGAUGCCUUUCCACAUGCACAUCAACUUGGAAUUAUUGGAGUGCGUCUAUUUGGUGUCGGCUAUGCUUAUAGAAAUUCCUUACAUGGCUGCUCAUGAGUCAGAUGCUCGUCGGCGUAUGAUUUCCAAAAGCUUCCACCACCAGCUGAAAGUUAGUGAGAGGCAGGCGGUUACGGGACCUCCAGAGUCGAUGAGAGAACACGUAGUGGCUGCUUCUAAAGCCAUGCGAAAUGGACUUUGGAAGCAGGCUCAUAACUUUAUCAUCAAUGAAAAGAUGAAUGCUAAAGUGUGGGAUCUGUUCUACCAAGCUGACCGAGUGCGUACGAUGUUGGUUCGCAAGAUUCAAGAAGAAUCCCUACGAACAUACCUCUUCACUCACUCAUCAGUUUACGACUCUUUAUCGAUGGCUACAUUAUCCAAAAUGUUUGAUCUUGAACAACCGACCGUUCAUGCCAUCAUUUCAAAAAUGGUCAUGAACGAAGAACUUAUGGCUUCGUUGGAUGAACCCACACAAAGUGUGGUAAUGCAUAGGACUGAACCUUCCCGUUUGCAAUCUAUGUCUCUCCAACUUGCUGAUAAAUUAGCUAAUCUGGUUGAUAACAAUGAGCGAAUUCUAAAAAUUCGUCAAGGUCCGUUUGGCUUCUCCCGUGGAAACCAAAACGUGCGCUUCGGCGACCGACCACAGUACGGCAAUCGGCAAGGACAACAAGGAGGCGGAGGCAAUUGGCAACGCCGAGGUGGAGAUAAUAGGGAUAAUCGAGACAACCAUCGGGAUAACCGAGAUAACCAUCGGGACAAUCGAGACCGUCAUAACAAUUAAUUUUCCUUUGCUAUUGAUACUGAGUAAUCAGCUUUACAGGCCCUUUGUUUUUUUUUUUCUUUAAUACAAUCGAUUGGCUAAGGGA